AUGUCGAGCUCCGGAUCUUCUCCCAAACAAAUACUCAGCGAUUUAGAGUUUUUACUAUGUUGUAUCGAUUCUAUUUCAGAUGGUGAAAUAGACUACACCGCCGUCGCGAAAGCGGCUAACUACGCCAACGAUGGCAGAGCUCGGGCAAGGCUGUCGAGAAUUAACUCCAAACAUGGCACCAGACCAGUUAUAUCCAAAAAGGAGGAAGAGAAGACAGUUGAAAAGCAAGCCAAAGAUAUAGCCCUAAAAGACCCCUCGAAAGAACCGAGCACAAAAACGCACAUAAAAAGGGUCGGAUCCGCAGAAAAUAAACUUACCGAUGGUACCGAUAAAGCGGGCCGAGUUACUAGGAGCUCUGCCUCGAAGGUCCCUGCGUCAAAUGAUGUUAAAGUCAAGAAAAAGAAACCAACUUCUUCCGUAUAA